AUGGCGAAGAAACAGGCGGAGGACAACCACGCUCCGCCAAAGACCGGGCGAGGGAAGCGUCAGGCCACCCCUGACGAGCAUGUAGCUGGUCCUUCCAUCGAGGCUCCAGCUACAAAGCGUCCACGGGGCCGACCACCAAAGGCCUCGUCGGAGGGGCCGAUCGCACCGAUGCCCAUUGUGCCCACACCGGCUCGGAAGUUGCGCAGGGCCGCGGAUGUGACGCAGCCCGAGGGAGAAAACCCUUCUGCAAGUAAGGACAUGGCAACCAACGCCCCAAGAGUUACCCGUACGAAGCGCCCUCGAAGCUUCUCUCCGAGCAGCACGAACGACACGGCAAGCGAGGCGCCAGAGCGUCACCGAUCCAAGAAGGUGACCCGCGGCCGGUCGAAGUAUUCAUCCCGCAGUCGACAUAGCGGACGUGAUCGUAAAGCCCGAAGCCGUAGAAGCUCUUCUGCAUCGUCGAAAGCGAGCCAACCAAGGAAGAGGCGCACGAGAAGGCACCGCCAUGUCCCGUCCAUUAGAUCUACUUCGACCAUGAGUCUGCGCUCGAAGCGCCGCAAGAAGCGACUCAACGCCCAUAGUCACUCGUCCUCGAGGCACGGAGGGCGGCACGGGAAGUCACGGAAGGCCCCGAGCAGCCGGUCGUCGUCUGCGCGCGGGAGGCGCACUAGGACUGGCAAGAGAUCCAAGGAUCUGAAGAAAAAGUAG